ACUGGACGAUCUUCCGUCAUUCACCGACUGUUUGACCGGUAGACGCCUUCUAGUUCACCAGAGUUCCAGCUUCACGGUCUUAGACAUCUCAGGUCCAUAAUAUUCUUCCUUAUGUUCAUCGAAGAGACGAGUCAAGGCAACGAUAUAUUUAUCGUGCCAAUGCUUGACUUCCUCCCGGGUAGGAUUCGGUAUGGUUGGAAGCUCAAUGGGGUCACCAACCACUACCCGUAGCCCACGUGACUGGCGUUUUGGCAACAGCGGCAAGAACCACGCUCCAAAAAUAGCUAUGGCUGGAAUACCCAUUCCAUUUAGCCACAGUCGAAAUUUCCACAGGCCCUGCGCAUUGAAGUAACUUUCGUUUUCUCCAAAUGUAUAAACUGGCACGACGUUGUAUCCAUGCUGGAGGGCAAGUUUGACAAAGCCGACACGUUUUUUGAUGUACACCCGAUCCUUUUCCAAAUACGAGAUUGUAGCUUCUUCAAAUCCACCAGGAGGCAAUGCCAAGUGGUCAGGAGCGCUUUCCGGCGGUUUGUUCUUGCCCUUCAUAUAUUGCACCAUGGCAGCCUUUGCAGCGCUUCCAGGGCAUCCAAUAAGUCGACACCAUAAUCGAAAAAAAGGCGAUGCAUAAAGAACGGGAGAGAAGCAGAACCGAACGCGUGCGUCGUUCAUGAUUCCCGAACAAAAGAGUACGGACCAUCCCAAACAGAAGGCGCCGUGGGGAUGGACGGCAUACAAUUUCGGUUGACUGUCAUCUUUUUUCGGAAUUGAUUCUUUGCUUCGGAAAAUUAAGGUUAAUUUCUUGUAAUAAUAGACAUUGCACCUUGCAUACGCAGACAUGAAUUGCGACACGUAUCCUUUCUCCCAAGGAAGGUAUGCACUGAUCGAGAGUACCGAAAACACGACUACCGAGGACCAUUGGUUGUUAUACAACAAAAUCAUAAAAAACGCGGGUGAUGACGCCGAAAGGAGCCAUGUCGCGAUAAAUACAGACAAUAAGCUCCCCCCAACAAGGGUUUUAAUUAGGGUGCUGUUCUCGGUUGACGAAAGGUAAGCGUAUGGUUCCGGUGACGACGAUGAAUAAGUGGCCGGGGAUGCUUCCUUCACGGUCUUAUUCGCAUUUGUACUACCCAUUGUUCUUUUCUAUGUUGGAGCUUUUUCUAGGUUCUCUCAACACGAAGAGGAAAUAUGAAAUAUUCUCCAAUUCUCCAAUUGAGCGAUUGUACAGUCUGUACGUUCAGCAAAACAAGGUUCAGCGAAUCUACCUGCGACUGUCAUUGUGUACCGUACAUAACUACCAAUGAAAGUAAAAGUAAAAAUUACUGUGCUGUUCUACUCAAACCGGUACAACGUACAGUAAAGUACCUGGUACCCUACCAACUACGAACGUAUCUUCAAAAAUUUAAAAAUGCUAUCGUACGUACGGUACGUAAAGUACUCGUACGUAACCAUUCUGGAGUAAAUUCGUAGCAUACGUACAAUACAAUUACGUCUAGAAUUCGGUGCGGUCCGUCCGGAACGGAAGGCAUCAUGAGCCAAAUACAGUGGGGAUAUUUCGUAUCUUACUGUAUUGAAGACUGCAAAUCGUACCUACGAAUAGACCGAAAUAUACUGAACGCACCGAACGUAGAUGAACACUUACACCACAUGAAACAAAUCUUUUUCCAUCACAGAAAUGCAGCUAAUAUUUCUAGUAGUACCGAUAGAUUACCCAAGUACUGUAAGUGUGAGCCUCGGUGUACGUAUGUAGAAUCACGAACUCGUACUUCUUCAUCUUACCUAGAUACCAGCGCAUAAAUUUUGGAAGUAAUUUUGAUCCGGGUAAACUCGUACCUAGUCUUCGUACCUACCAUACUGUGCAAUAUAAUUUAGUACAAGUAGUAGUAUUUAACAGUAUAUAUUAUUUCCCAGUGUUUUGUUACUUCAGAGGCAUCAACAUUUCUAGACUAUGGCCCCUCUCCUAUCUAUUUUUAGAAUCUUUUUGAAGUUGCAUCGAAAGGAACAAAAAAGAAGAACAUCCUUUACAGAAGCAGCCUUGACGUAUGCAACGAUCAUACUUCUUUCGCAAGCUACGCCAUCCGAUCGAUGGAGGGCGAAGAACGUGGCGAUGAAGAGCAUGUGGAAGAAGAGCUUCUUUCUUAAUGAAAGAAAACCGUGGAGCAACGAUUGAAGGAAGUCAUCCGAAAAGAUUUGUGCUUCCCAUUCACAGAAAGAAAAAGAGCGGAGUUGAAUUUCAAGACCAAAACGAGGGCUCACGAAUGCUAAAAAUUUACCAACGCUUUCGUUAGUGCUAGAACGGGUUCGGGAACGAUCAUUGUUCAUGAUUUUUUUAUGAACUGAUUCCCUCACCGUAGAGUAAUGGACAUCAUUGUUCAAACUUUCGUGGAAUGAAAUUGAGAUAUUGAAAUAACAACUAGUUGUACCGACCGGUUGAGGCAUUCCGUCUUGCACGAUUUGGAGCGCUCAAUGCAUCUCUGAUUACACAGCGAGCUCAACAGUUCCAGUGGCUUAUCACGCUAAAAAUUCAUUACGUAGGCACUUGUAGAUCAACGCCAUUUUGAUGAAGAUUUUUCUGUUGAGCAUCUAAUGCUUUUCGUUCCUACAUAAUACAUCGAGUAAAGUUGCUUCGAGUAGCUGUAUUGAAAAGUUCUAUUUAUAUGAAAUGUACAGAGUUGUAUAUCGAGUCUUCAGAACGAACCGAUAUAUGCGUUCAUGACGUUCUUUCUUCUCUGAUUUCUCGUUCGUUGUGGGGGUAAUGUGCAAGGACAAUGAUCGAGAUACUCGUAGUUUGGAGAAGAGUGGCAUGCCUAAGGAGUAAAAAUGGCAAUUGUGUCGUAUGAUCUGGUGCUGUGUUUGUAGCGUAAGGUAGCAUGAUUGAUGUGCUGUGGAAAUAGCGAAAAUGGACCGAAUCUGGGGAUUCCUUCUCAUCCGAGCACGAACUGCCGUUAUGAAAGAGAACCGGCAGAUCCGUGCCGUUCCGAGGUGGCAGACAUCUUCCACAGGGAUGAGAGAUUGCACGAUCGGUUGCAUCUAGUCAGGCCUCGGCAUUGGCGUUUUCUUCGAGAGCUUUCGUAGCCGAAGAAAUCAUCGCAGUCCUCGUCCUCGUCCUCGUCCCGGUCGUCCCUCGAUCUAGUAAGCAGGGAGGGGUAUUGGGUGGUGCUGUAGCUAUUAUCGUCAUCGCAGCUGCAGUCUCCAUCGAUGUCGUCGAGUGAGGGCCACUCGACGGCUGGGAAAGCUAUGGUUUCCUCCACUUGAACGGAGGCUUUCAAGAAGUCUCCCAUAUCAAAAGAUCCUGGCAGAGACGAUCGCGAUCUCUUGAGCGCGGACUGCCGCUUCGUGGCGUUCUUGGCAAUCAUGCUGCUCGAUCCAAGACAGAGUGUGACUGGUUUCCGAGUAGGUUCAAAGCCUCCGUCUUCGACUGUCUUGACUAGUGCUUUCGUAGCAAGGUCGUUUCUUUGAAUCAUCUUGGUGAGCAGAUACGUGUUUGUGAUGAUGUUUCGUGACGAUGAUGAUGAUGAAGAGUUGAAAAUUGUGAGGUGUUGUUCUUCUUCGAUUAUUAUGUUACGGGAGGGGAUUUCUGCGGUGGAAAGUCGAUCUCGAGUGGCUUAGCGUGGAGCAGUCCUGGAUGUUAGAGUUGAGUUUAAACCAAAGUAACCUCGCACGAGAGGAAUAUCUGACUUGGAACCGUUGACAACAGGUUCUCGAGAUGGUGCGUGGCGCUAUAUGCGAUACGACCACUUUUAAGAAGUACGUGCGACUGUUCUUCAGGAAGAUGUUUUCUAUUUUUAGAAAGAUUAAUUAAACGGCGAAAAUGACGCACCUGUACCAGAAAACGAAUGGAAUCACGUCAACCAUUAGCUGGUGCAUUUUUGAUGUCGCGCAUCUUCUUUCUACCGAAGAAAGCACAUAGCAUCAC